CGCCAGAGAGGCCUAGAGCGAGACUCAGACCUGGACGGUGGCCCGUGGAGGACAACAGGCUUGCGGAGCGGAGGCAAGGUUUUGCAGCGAGGGGGAAGCCGCUGGUGUACCAAGGAGUCGGAGAGGGACCGUGUUGUGGGGACAUGGCCGCAGCCUCUGCGGUGUCGGUGCUGCUAGUGGCGGCGGAGAGGAACCGGUGGCUGCGAGUCCCGAGCCUGCUGCUGCCGCCUAGGAGAUGGACUUGGAAGCAGAGAACCAUGAAGUAUGCAACAACCACAGGACGAAACAUUGCCAAACUCCUUAUUGCAAACAGAGGAGAAAUUGCCUGCAGGGUGAUACGAACAGCCAAAAAAAUGGGUAUACAGUCCGUGGCUGUGUAUAGUGAGGCCGACAGGACCUCCAUGCAUGUCAACAUGGCAGAUGAAGCAUAUUCCAUCGGCCCCGCUCCCUCGCAGCAGAGCUACCUUUCUAUGGAGAAAAUCAUUCAAGUGGCCAAGAUCUCCGCUGCCCAGGCUAUCCAUCCAGGAUAUGGUUUUCUUUCAGAAAACACGGAAUUUGCCGAACUGUGUAAACAAGAAGGAAUUCUUUUUAUAGGUCCUCCUUCAUCUGCAAUUAAAGACAUGGGUAUAAAGAGCACAUCCAAAUCCAUAAUGGCCGCUGCCGGGGUGCCUGUUGUGGAAGGUUAUCAUGGUGAGGACCAGUCGGACCAGUGCCUGAGGGAGUGCGCCGGGAGAAUCGGUUAUCCUGUCAUGAUUAAAGCCGUCCGGGGUGGGGGAGGAAAGGGCAUGAGGAUCGUCAGAUCUGAAGAAGAAUUCCAAGAACAGUUAGAAUCAGCACGGAGAGAAGCUAAGAAGUCUUUCAAUGAUGAUGCGAUGCUGAUCGAGAAGUUUGUAGACAUGCCAAGGCAUGUAGAAGUCCAGGUGUUUGGUGACCACCAUGGCAAUGCUGUGUACUUGUUUGAAAGAGACUGUAGUGUACAGAGGAGACAUCAGAAGAUCAUUGAGGAAGCCCCAGGGCCUGGUAUUAAACCUGAAAUAAGAAAAAAGCUUGGAGAAGCUGCAGUCAGAGCUGCUAAAGCUGUAAAUUAUGUUGGAGCAGGAACCGUGGAGUUUAUUAUGGACUCAAAGCACAAUUUCUACUUCAUGGAAAUGAAUACAAGGCUGCAAGUGGAACAUCCUGUUACUGAGAUGAUCACAGGAACUGACUUGGUGGAGUGGCAGCUUAGGAUUGCAGCAGGAGAGAAGAUUCCUUUGAGCCAGGAAGAAAUAACUCUGCAGGGCCAUUCCUUUGAAGCUAGAAUAUAUGCAGAAGAUCCUGACAAUAACUUCAUGCCCGGGGCUGGGCCAUUAGUGCAUCUCUCCACCCCUCAGGCAGACCUUUGCACUAGGAUCGAAACUGGAGUGAGACAAGGAGAUGAGGUUUCAGUGCAUUAUGACCCCAUGAUAGCAAAGCUGGUUGUAUGGGCUGCAGAUCGCCAGGCGGCCUUGACGAAACUGAGGUACAGCCUUCGUCAGUACAAUAUUGUCGGACUGCGUACCAACAUUGACUUCCUCCUCAGCCUGUCCGGCCAUCCAGAGUUUGAGGCUGGGAACGUGCACACGGAUUUCAUCGCUCAACACCACAAGGAACUGUUUCCCAGUAGGAAGGCCACAGCCAAGGAGUUUUUAUGCCAGGCAGCUGUGGGUCUCAUCCUCAAGGAGAAAGCCAUGUCUGAUGUUUUCAACAUUCAGUCCCAAGAUCAGUACUCACCUUUUGCAUUCAGCAGUGGAAGAAGACUGAAUAUCUCUUACACGAGAAACAUAACUCUGAGGGAUGGUAAAAACAAUGUAGCCAUAGCUGUAACAUAUAACCGUGAUGGGUCGUAUAGCAUGCGGAUUGAAGAUAAAACUUUCCAAGUCCUUGGUGAUCUUUGUACUGAGGGAGACUGCACUUACCUGAAAUGUUCUGUUAAUGGAGUUGUUAGUAAAACUAAGCUAAUUAUCCUGGAAAACACUAUUUACUUAUUUUCCAUGGAAGGAAGUACUCAGAUUGGCAUUCCAGUCCCCAAAUACUUGUCUUCAAUGAGCUCAGAUGGAACUCAGGAAGGUACCAUAGCUCCUAUGACGGGUACCAUUGAAAAGAUAUUUGUGAAAGUCGGAGACAGAGUAAAAGCUGGAGAUUCUCUAAUGGUUAUGCUUGCCAUGAAAAUGGAGCACACCAUAAAGGCCCCAAAGGAUGGCACGAUCAAGAAAGUGAUCUACAAAGAAGGUUCUCAGGCCAACAGACACGAUCCUUUAAUCGAGUUUGAGGAAGAGGAAUCUGACAAAAGAAAAGCAGAGUAAACUCCAUCAAAGAAAUGCUCCAUUAAGCAGUAUCUUCAAUAUAGCAUCUCUACAAAAAGAGAAAGUGCCUUCCUGCUUUUCUCGGAGUCCAAUAAACAGCAGUUUCACUAAAUGAUUGUAUGAUUAGGCUAAAACACAUUUUUAUCUUUGAGAAUCAUGUACUUGGGUCACCAACACAAUAAAUUAUCUCAAAAUAUUUCAUACU